AUGCAUCAGAAUGAGCCUCCGGCCAUGGCUCUGCGCUUGGCCAUGCUACGCAUCUGCCAGCGGCAUGGAAUCGACUACGCUGAAAAUUCAGCUUUGGAUGGGCUUGCGGGAGCUGCCUCCAUGUUCGUGCAGGACCUUGCUUGGCGUGCCAGGCGGCAUGCGCAGCUUGCAAACCGCACAAAGGUGGUUAUUGCAGAUGUCAUGGAAGCAGCGCAUAGUGUGCCGGGUGGGCAGCACUUGGGCAAUGUUCCCCAGGAGCACGAGGAAAAGUUGGAGAUGGGCAUCCUGGCUGCGGUGAACAAGGAGGCUGCGGCCUCUCGGCCCGAGGACGACGCUGAUGCCGCCGGAACUGCAGUGACUGCAGUGACCGCAGUGACCGCAGUGUCUGGAGAUUCAGACUCCCGUCUCAAGCUUCAAGCUCUUCAAGCCGACCAAGACGAGCGGCUCUUGAGGCGCAAGAGGCCAAAGACAGUUGCAGACGUUGAGGCUGACAGAUUUACAAGCCUCUGUGGAGCAGACAGAAAAAUGGACAGUGUCAACAUGUCAACCGAUGCGUGCGGCUCCUUGCAUGUUUGCGAAGAUGACCCGUCCUUCGACGACGGCCCCUCUGUGCAGUUUGAGGUGGAGCACAUAGGAGCACCCCCAUGGGAUGUGCAGACGCCAUACCAAAAGACCCGUGAGACCAGUCAACAGACAUCGGCGCGAUGUUCCCACAGCGUGUCUGCCCCAUCACGGCCGAGGACCUGUCGUGAGGUGCCACGUCAAAGACGCCCCGAUGCCAUCUCGAUGACGGCGCCCAUGCUGUCCUGCUCUGUCUCCAACGAAUACACAGCUACACUUCUGAAACGGAGUCUUACUGCACCUGAGCUGGAUGGGACGUUGCUUGAGCUUCGUGCGGCUAAGAACAUCGAUCUCGGGGCAGAAGAAGCACGGUGCAGAUCCUGCAAAGCAGAAGGCACCGAGCUCUUUCUGAGCCCUUGUGAUCAUCGGAAAUACUGCAAGUGGUGCUGGAUUGCUGCUGAUUUCAACGACCAGGGUGUGCCGCCCUCCAAAUGGGAACCAUGGCCGUUGAUUGCAGUAGAGGUCGUACGUGAGUGGCAUGCAGAGGAGUUGGCACUCGCCUGGUCCGGCCGAGAGCUGCCACAAGUUCCACAGGCAUCCUUGGCAGUGGCUUCAGCUACUAGAACGUGCGAUGUGGUUUCAAACGCGUUGACAUCCAUCGUGUCCAAGGUUCCCAUCCACGUGCAGCCGGAUGUUGUUGGGCCCCUCGCGAGGGAACAUCUCCAUUCAAGAGCGCAGCCGGGGCAAGUCAUCCAGGACAAGUAUCGCAUUAUUGACCAUAUUGGACUGGGAAGUUACACUGAAGCAUAUCUCGCAGAAGACCUUGUGCUUCAGAGGAAGGUCUGCUUGAAAAGACAUCACAUAUUCGAUAUGGAGGUGCUCGCUGAUUUGGUCGUCAUUGAUCAACGCUUACACCAGGUGGAUCCUGAAGGUUCCGCCUUUCCUAGACUUCAUGAGGCUUUCUUUGACGGCCUUGGCUGGACAGUCGAAUCUUUAGUUGAAGGCCUGGAUUUGCAGGUCAAGAGCACUGCUGAUCCGCUCUUCUUCUCGGAGGUGUCACACCUGCGGCUGGUCGCUCGAGGGGUGCUGAGCGGGCUGGCCUUGCUGGAGGAAGCAGGCAUCGUCCACAAUGACUUGAAGCCCGACAAUAUUGUCUGGGCCGAGGGCCAAUCAGGAACUUCAAAUGUUCGCAUCGUCGACUUCAAUUGCGCUCGUCUAGACUAUCGUGAGCAUCCAGAACACGACUGGAACAUGCAAGAAGGCGGCAUUGGCUGUCGUGCAUAUUGCUCUCCUGAGAUGGCUCUAGGAUUGCCAGUGACGCACAGCAGUGACAUCUGGAGCCUGGCCGUAGUUCUUUGCGAGCUGUACUCUGGACGUCCGUCAAGCUUGGUGCUGUGUUGCGACAAAGAUGCUGUGCAGGUGUCGAUAGCACAGGCGCUGGGAUUGUGCAACAUGCCCGAAGGAAUUCCAUCAGCGUUUCUACUGAAGAGUCCGAUAACACUGAGCAGGAAUUUCACACCAGCUUUCACGGUGGUUCGGGGGCAUUUGCCUCUUCGGCGGGGCCGCGCCUCCCAUAUGGAAGCACUCCGGCCGCUUCAGUUUGGGCUUGCUCAUCUUUUCUGCACCAACAAGAAUAGCGAGGCGAAUGCGCUUCGAGAUUUCCUGGAGGCCUGCCUUGUCUGGGAUGGGCUUCAAAGACCUACGGCCAGGAAGCUUUUGACUCGUAGUGGUUUCCUUGGGCGUGGCACUGCGGCGAAGGCUUCCAGCGUGAAGCGGGCAGCCAAACCUGCGUAA